AUGACAAACAACGUUAGGGACAACUCAGAAGUUAAUGCUGACAUAACUCUGUUAACAAACAAAUUAAUUGCAAGAUACUUAAUCAAACAUAAGUACGAAUCUACUUUUAAUAAGUUUAUAACAGAGACAGGUCUCUCACAAAAAAUGGUUUUAAAUGAGGAUUUUAAUGAAAUGGAAGACCGGUUGGGAUAUCACACUGAAGAUUUGGAAACCAUGGUAUCAGAACGUGUUCAGUUUAAAGCCUACAAAAAAAGUGUUGCAACCUCAACCUGUUCUACUGAAAAUGGUUCGUUAGGGACUGUUAACGAUGAACAGAACGUCUUGAACAAAAUAUCUCUACCGCAUUGGAAAUAUGAUCGAAGGCCUGUUAUCUCUACCGAUUUGUCAUCAAAAAUUAAUUCUUUGGUUAUUGCAGUUUUUUCAGAUGAAAAUUUCUUAAUUGUAAGUACAAGCAACCGUAAAAUAUAUAUAUAUUCCAUCGAUCAUGAAAAUACUGCAAAAGCUGGCAAUUAUCAUUUGCUUCAGGAAAUUAAAACCACAAGCGUGGUCAAGUUCAUCCAAAAAAUUGACACAACCUCUGAUAAUGGCGAAAAAAAAACAUUGUUUUUAUUUUGUGAAUUAGAUGGUAAUAUAACUGUUAUUAAAAAUUUUGCACCUGACUUGGAGUAUAAGAGCGUCAAGUUGGAUAAAAACAUCAGAAUGAUUUCUACAUUUUUAAUAUUCGUUGAUGCUGAAAAUGAAUUAAUGUGUUUAGUUAGUUGUCUAAAUAAAACGGUUAAAGCAUUCCAAAUUAAAAUGAAUGAAUCAGAAAUCAAAUGCAAUUUAAUUAGAGAAUUAAACUUGUUAACUAAUUGCAGCACGAUAAAUAUCGUACAACCAAAGAAGGAAGAAGAAGAAGAAGAAGAAGAAAAAGAAAAAGGCAAGAGCAGUGGUGAUAAUAAUCUGUUGAUUUAUUUAACUAGAUUAGAAAGUACCCAAAUAUACGUCUAUGAUUUAAAAUUUGUCCUGAAAUACAAAAUAUCUUUAAAUAAUGCACAGUUUAGUACUCAUUCAUUUACUGUCACAGAUUUAAUCUUUUUCAACACAAAAGAUGAUAAUACCGCGGUGGCCAAAGUAAACAAUAUCACCAUAAUCAAACCUCAAACCAAAAUGUUAAUAUCAACAUCACAUGUUCCCUAUAUGAGGUUGUUACUAGUAGAAGCAACUGCGAACAACUUAGAUAGUCUCAGUAGUGAUAUCCCAAUAUAUUAUAAUAUGAUAUUGGAGAAUUUUAAAACAGAAAUAUACCAAGAUUCCUUUUCUACUAAUAUGUUGGUUUGGGAUUCCGACUGCAACGGAUGCUUAUUGGGUUGCGAUUCUGGACUUUACAGUAUUGAUUUAUCAAAUAGAUGCGAGGUUGUUCCUCUCACUAGUAACACUGAAAAUAUUAAGAGUAGAGUUAAGUCAUUGUAUUAUGAUGAUAGUAAUAAUAGAAUAUUAGUGUCAUACGCCAAUAAGGAAUUAUAUGUGUUGUCUUCGUGA